UUAUCUUAAAGAAAUAUGUGCAGAUAUUUCUACAUCUCCCUAAUUCUUAAUAUUCCUAACAAAUCUGGUAUAAAUUCGAGUCUAGCCCAGCUAGAGAUCCUGUGCAAGCAGCUGUAUGAGACCACAGACACCAGCACCCGAUUGCAGGCUGAGAAAGCCCUUGUGGAGUUUACGAACAGCCCGGAGUGUCUGAGCAAGUGCCAGCUGCUGCUGGAGAGGGGCAGUUCUUCUUAUUCCCAGCUACUUGCUGCCACGUGUCUCACCAAGCUGGUGUCCCGGACCAGUAAUCCCCUUCCACUGGAGCAAAGAAUUGACAUUCGGAACUACGUAUUAACUUAUCUGGCCACCCGCCCAAAACUCGCCUCCUUUGUUACCCAAGCCCUGAUUCAGCUGUAUGCUCGCAUCACCAAACUGGGCUGGUUUGACAAUCAGAAGGAUGAAUAUGUGUUCCGUAGUGUCAUCGUGGAUGUUACCCGCUUCCUGCAGGACAGCGUGGACUAUUGCGUCAUUGGAGUCAGUAUUCUAUCACAGUUGACCAAUGAAAUCAACCAGGCAGAUGCCACACACCCUCUGACCAAGCACCGCAAAAUCGCAUCAUCCUUCAGAGACUCCUCUUUAUUUGAUAUCUUCACCCUCUCUUGUAACCUCUUAAAACAGGCAUCAGGGAAGUCUUUGUUACUCUCUGAUGGGUCCCAACAAGACCUCCUUAUGCAGCUCCUCAAGCUCACCCACAGCUGCCUGAACUUUGACUUCAUUGGCACCUCCACAGACGAGUCCUCCGACGAUCUCUGCACAGUACAGAUCCCCACAAGCUGGCGUUCAGCUUUCCUGGACUCUUCCACACUACAACUUUUCUUUGACUUGUAUCAUUCCAUCCCUCCCAACUUCUCCCCAUUGGUCCUCUCAUGUCUGGUACAAAUUGCCUCUGUCCGACGCUCCUUAUUUAAUAAUGCAGAAAGAGCCAAGUUUCUCUCUCACCUGGUGGACGGAGUAAAGAGAAUUUUAGAAAAUCCCCAAAGCCUUUCUGACCCCAAUAACUACCAUGAAUUUUGCCGCUUGCUGGCACGCCUGAAGAGUAACUACCAGCUAGGGGAGCUGGUGAAGGUGGAGAACUACCCUGAGGUCAUCAGACUCAUUGCAAACUUUACAGUCACCAGUCUACAGCACUGGGAAUUUGCACCCAAUUCUGUACAUUAUCUCUUAAGCUUAUGGCAGCGUCUUGCUGCAUCUGUACCCUAUGUGAAGGCAACAGAGCCUCAUCUUCUGGAGACCUAUACACCAGAGGUGACCAAAGCCUAUGUCACAUCCCGCCUGGAGUCCGUUCACAUUAUCCUCAGGGAUGGCCUGGAAGACCCCCUUGAUGAUGCGGGUCUGGUGCAGCAGCAGCUGGAUCAGCUUUCCACCAUUGGGAGAUGCGAGUACGAUAAGACGUGCGCCCUGUUGGUGCAGCUCUUUGAUCAGUCAGCUCAGACCUAUCAGGAACUUCUGCAGAGUGGAUCUGCCCCCAGCAUGGAGCUGACUGUGCAGGAAGGUCGGCUCACUUGGUUGGUUUACAUUAUUGGUGCAGUAAUAGGAGGCAGGGUGUCUUUUGCCAGCACCGAUGAACAGGAUGCCAUGGAUGGAGAAUUAGUGUGUCGUGUGCUGCAACUGAUGAACCUCACAGAUUCCCGUCUAGCCCAGGCUGGCAAUGAGAAGCUGGAGCUGUCAAUGCUAAGCUUCUUUGAGCAAUUCAGGAAAAUCUACAUCGGGGAUCAAGUGCAAAAGUCCUCCAAGCUUUAUCGUCGCCUUUCAGACGUCUUGGGUCUGAAUGAUGAAACUAUGGUGCUGAGCAUCUUCAUUGGCAAAAUUAUCACGAAUCUCAAGUACUGGGGUCGCUGUGAGCCCAUCACAUCAAAGACAUUACAGCUGCUGAAUGACCUUUCUAUAGGAUACAGCAGUGUAAGGAAGCUGGUGAAGCUCAGUGCUGUCCAGUUCAUGUUAAACAACCACACAAGCGAGCACUUUUCCUUCUUGGGGAUCAACAGCCAGUCCAACUUAUCAGACAUGCGCUGCCGGACCACCUUCUACACUGCACUGGGCCGCCUCCUCAUGGUGGAUUUAGGAGAGGAUGAGGAGCAGUUCUCUCAGUUCAUGAUGCCUCUCACCGCUGCCUUCGAGUCAAUGGCCCAAAUGUUCAACAGCAACAGCUUUAAUGAACAAGAAGCCAAGAGGAGUCUGGUUGGAUUGGUGAGAGAUCUGAGAGGAAUCGCCUUUGCGUUCAAUGCUAAGAGCAGCUUCAUGAUGCUGUUUGACUGGAUAUAUCCCGCAUACAUGCCCAUCCUUCAAAGAGCACUAGAACUCUGGUUCCAUGACCCAGCCUGCACCACACCUAUCCUCAAGCUCAUGGCAGAACUGGUACACAACAGGUCACAGAGGUUACAAUUUGACGUCUCUUCUCCAAAUGGCAUUCUUCUGUUCCGAGAGACAAGCAAAAUGAUCACAACUUAUGGUAACAGGAUCCUGACUCUGGGGGAGCUCCCUAAGGAGCAGCUGUACGUUCUGAAAUUGAAGGGAAUCUCUAUAUGUUUCUCGGUGCUAAAAGCUGCUCUCAGUGGUAGCUAUGUCAAUUUUGGGGUCUUCCGCCUCUACGGUGAUGAAGCUCUGGAUAAUGCUCUUCAGACCUUUGUCAAACUACUGCUGUCUGUGCCACACAGUGAUCUGCUGGAUUAUCCCAAGCUCAGUCAGUCAUAUUACUCGCUCCUGGAGGUGCUGACUCAGGAUCACAUGUCUUUCAUUGCCAGCCUGGAGCCACAUGUCAUCAUGUACAUUCUCUCCUCCAUCUCCGAGGGGCUCACAGCUCUGGACACCAUGGUGUGCACAGGGUGCUGUUCUUGCCUGGACCACAUAGUCACAUACCUCUUUAAACAGCUAUCUCGCAGCGGUAAGAAAAGGGGUGCACCGCCGCCGCAGGAAAGUGAACGCUUCCUACACAUAAUGCAGCAGCACCCGGAAAUGAUCCAGCAGAUGCUUUCCACGGUUCUCAAUAUCAUUAUCUUUGAAGACUGUCGAAAUCAGUGGUCAAUGAGCCGGCCAUUGUUAGGCCUGAUCCUCCUCAAUGAGAAGUAUUUCUCGGACCUCCGGAGAAGCAUAGUCAGCAGUCAGCCCCCGGAGAAGCAGCAAGCCAUGCAUCUAUGCUUCGAGAACCUAAUGGAAGGAAUUGAGGGGAACCUACUCACGAAGAACAGAGACAGGUUUACACAAAAUCUCUCAGCCUUCCGACGAGAAGUCAACGACUCAAUGAAAAAUUCAACCUGCGGCCCCAACAGUAAUGAAAUGAUGAGCUGACCUCCCCCCACACCUCCAGCCAUCCUCUCCCCACCAUCUUCCUCCCCUUGUACAAAACCCUGCACAUUUUUUGGUAAUGUUUUGAAUUCUUUCUACGGACAGGGGAAAUCUAUGGCGAGUGGAUCUCUGCCUCCUCCCCCCCUCUUUCCACAGAGUGGAGGCAGUUGGGGUGCUGAUGAGCGAAUGUUAGAGUCACGCCUGUUCACCUGGACUGAGCCCCCUAUUGAAAAAAAAUUACAAAUAUAUAAAUAUAUAUAUA